GAGUGUCAGCUGCAGACUCACGACAGUAAGAUGGUGACCUUCAAGUUUGACCUGGACGGAGACAACCCCGAGGACAUCGCCUCGGUGAUGAUCCACAGAGACUUCAUCACGCCGCUCGAGCGAGAGGGGUUCAUCCUCCGCAUGUAUGACAUCAUCAAGAAGGCGGAGUCUAUGAUACAUCAGCAGCAGCUGGCCGACAGCGACAGGGUGUCUCACCUGACCGCCUCCUCGCUGCAUGCCACUGUACGUAAGAGUGUGUGAGAACGUGUGUGUUGAUGCA